AUGAUGAAACAAGGACAUUAUCAAGCGCUGAAAGAACUACAGAGCAGUCCAAAUCUGAUAGUGCUAAAACCUGACAAGGGGCAUGGCGUAGUUGUCGUGGACAAGAAUGAAUACGUCGCCAAAAUCAUGAAAAUCUUGGAUGAUAAGCACAAGUUCAAACCAGACCUCGCCCCGGAUAAUGUUCAAUUGAUAGAGAAGCAGAUAAUACGUGAGUUACAAAUUCUCAUGCUAUAUGGUUUUAUCACUGAGACACAAAUUAAACAACUAAAGCCAUAG